AUGCACAUUUCUGUCGAGGUUAGUUCAACCACCUCCAAUCAGCAGCAACAACAACAACAGGGCUUACAUAAUCAGCAGCAACAACAACAACACGGGGCAGGUAGUACAACAACAAGCACAACGAAGCGCCGCAAUGCGGAGUCGAACAAUAAUAAUAACAAUAACAAUAGUAGCAAUAAUAAUAACAACAACAAUACAAAAACAAAGCCCGUCGAUACAAGUCCGUACCUAACACCUGAAAAUCUAAUCGAACGUACCGUCGAUGUCCUUCUCGCAGAGCAUCCCGGCGAGCUUGUCAAAACAGGGUCACCGCAUGUGGUUUGCACGACCUUGCCCACGCAUUGGCGGUCCAAUAAAACAUUGCCCAUUGCCUUUAAGGUCCUGGCAUUGGGCGAGGUUAUGGACGGCACGAUUGUAACCAUACGAGCAGGGAACGAUGAGAACUUUUGCGGUGAGCUGCGCAACUGCACGGCAGUGAUGAAGAACCAGGUUGCUAAGUUCAACGAUCUGCGGUUCGUGGGCCGCAGCGGAAGGGGUAAAAGUUUCACACUGACCAUUGUCAUAUCGACGAAUCCCAUACAAAUUGCCACCUAUACGAAGGCCAUCAAGGUGACGGUGGAUGGACCGCGUGAGCCACGCUCCAAGGUGCGUCAUCAAGGCUUUCAUCCGUUUGCCUUUGGGCCGCAACGUUUCGGCCCGGAUCCUCUUAUGGCCGGUCUGCCUUUUAAGUUGCCAGGUUUUGCGCAUCAUUUGGUGGGCAUGCACAGUCACUUGCAUGCGCCCGAUUGGCGCGCUCACAUGGCUCUGGGUGUGCGUCCCGCCUUCGCCCAUGCAGCGGUGGCAGCUGCAGCCACUUCGCCCUUCUUCCCGCACCACCAUGCAGCUGCAGCGGCGGCGGCUGCCGGCGGCGGAGCUGGUGGAGCUUUUGCUGGACAAGGCUUGCGGACACUGAGCGCCGACUCUCAGCAGCUGGCGACAGUGGGGGCGGCGCAUAGCACAACCAGUCCGGAGGGCUCCCCGAGCACCACAACAACAACGGCGACAGCAGCUUUGAGCGCUUUCGCUCAACCACCACCUUGUCGAACCACCUCGCCACCGCUAACCACAACGACCAGUGAGAAUGACAAUAAUAAUAACAUCGAUGCGGGCUUCGAAAGCGACAGCAUUUCGGUGACUGGAUCGCCGCGGAAAAGUCUCGGAUCCGAUGAUGUGGGCAGUCGAUCGCCGACGCUGCUCAGUGCCGAUGCGAGCAGCAGCAUGGGCAUGAACAUUGGCACAGCGGCCACAGAACUCACCCAACAGCAGCAGCAGCAGCAGCAGCAACAACAACAGCAACAACAACAGCAACAACAACAACCUGGCAGCGGCGGUGCCUUCACUUCUCUCAUACAACGCAAUUCGGCGGGGCUGCGGAAAAACCCCACGGAGCAGCUUUUCAGCGGUUUUGCAGCUGCUCAGCAUUUUGCACCCGCUCACAGCUUCAAUCCAGCUUUGGCCGCUCAGCUCUUCUUGCAGAGUCCGCUGCUGCCGCAGUCGAGUCAAUGGCUGUACACACAGCUGUAUGGGAACUACAGCGACCUGCCCUGGUUACGGAAUGCGGCAGCAGCGGCGGCGGCAGCUGGCAAUGGUGGCGGCGGACCGCUGAAUACGGCGGCAGCAGCAGCUGCCCCCUCCUCAUCCAGCCCGGCGGCCGAUAGUGGCGCCAUCGAUGGCGUAAAUCUGGUCAAGCGAUGUGUCACGCUGAUCACGCACAAUCCACCGGAUGCGGAGAAUGCCAAUCCGAAUGCGUCACCGCCGGUCAGCUCUACGCGACGUUCGCCAUCGCCGGUGGAGACCAUCGAUCUGGAUGAUGUGAGCACCACCUCGCGCUCCGGCAGUGGCAGCAGCGGAGGAAGUGGCGUCGGCGGAAGCGGAGGCGCUGGACCCAUACGCUCUCGCACACCCAAGCCGACAGAUGUCUGGCGUCCCUACUAG